GUAAUUAAGCAAAUAAAAUAUUUACACAAAUAUAAAUGAAUUAUUCAAGUCAGCAUUAUCAACUCUGAUAGGGUCAUGUCCUUGUGACGUCACGUGAUAAAUAAACAUUAAUUCUAUUUUAAAAAUCUUGGCAUAGCAUCAUGUCUUCUCAGCAACACUUCACUAGCAUUGAAAAAAUCCUAUCAAAACUCCCUCCUGAUGAUUACCAAAACGUCCGAAACGUGUUAUUCGGCAAAGCUACAAGCCGCCUUGAUUUACCCGAUGCUGAAACAAAAGCAAGCGACUAUGACCUUGAACUGGUCACUUGUCGUUUCAAGGCCUCUCCUGAACAACUAAGACCGCCAAAAAUCGUCCGUGUGGGGAUUUUCCAGCACAAACUACCCCUUCCCCCCAACACCCCCAUCAAGGAGAUGCGAGAUGGGCUUUUCAAGCUGGCCGAAAAAGCGAUCGAGACGGCGGCGCAAGGGGGCGUGAAUGUGUUUUGUUUCCAGGAGGCUUGGAAUAUGCCAUUUGCGUUUUGUACACGGGAAAAAAAACCGUGGUGUGAGUAUGCGGAGUUGGCCGAGUUCGGGCCUACUACGAUUUUUUUGAAACAAUUGGCCAAACGUCAUAAUAUGGUCGUGAUUUCACCUAUUUUGGAACGGGACGAAGUCCAUGGGGACACAAUAUGGAACACGGCUGUGGUCAUUGAUAAUUAUGGCGAUUUUUUGGGGAAACACCGUAAAAAUCACAUACCCAGAGUUGGGGAUUUUAACGAAUCGACUUACUAUUUUGAGGGAAACACCGGACAUCCCGUUUUUCAGACCGAAUUUGGCAAAAUCGCUAUAAAUAUCUGCUACGGACGCCACCACCCCCUCAAUUGGCUCAUGUUCGGUCUAAACGGGGCCGAAAUCGUCUUCAACCCCUCCGCAACAGUGGGUGAUUUAAGUGAGCCCUUGUGGGGCAUAGAGGCCCGAAAUGCGGCCAUUGCCAACAGCUACUUCACAUGUGCCAUUAACCGUGUUGGCACUGAAGUCUUCGAGAAUGAAUUCACUUCCGGUGAUGGCAAGCCCGCUCAUAGAGAUUUCGGUCAUUUCUACGGCUCCAGUUACAUAGCAGCCCCCGAUGGUUCAAGAUCACAAGGAUUAUCUCGGGACAAAACCGGGCUGUUGAUAGCCGAACUGGACUUGAAUCUCUGUCGGCAAGUUAGGGAUCAUUGGGGCUUCCAGAUGACCCAAAGACUGGAUAUGUACGCCGAACUCUUGGCAAAAGCCGUCCAGAGUGAUUUUAAACCGCAAAUUGUUAAAAAAUAACUCACAAUAAAUCUUUAGCGAAUGACAAUAAAUAAUCGAUUUUUCGGAGACAA